UUGAAGAGAAGAAAAACCGCAAAUCGACCCGAAUUCUGAACUGAACCCCUAAACCCCAUCUCCCCCUUUCUCAUUUCCCAAAUACUCUCUCUCUCGCUCUCUCGGUGCAAUGAUGAUGAGGGGCCUCAUCUCGGGAGCCACCGGCAGAUUUUCUGCUGUCCGGAACUUGUUGAGGCCAUCAAUGGCCGGUACUGUUCGCCGGUACAGCCUGAUUCCUAUGGUGAUAGAGCACUCCUCUAGAGGUGAGAGAGCCUACGAUAUAUUCUCUAGACUGCUCAAAGAGAGGAUCGUUUGCAUCAAUGGACCUAUCGACGACGAUACGGCACACGUGGUGGUUGCUCAGCUUCUCUUUCUCGAGUCUGAAAACCCUUCUAAGCCCAUCCACAUGUACCUCAACUCCCCCGGCGGCCAUGUCACUGCUGGUCUUGCUAUUUAUGAUACUAUGCAGUACAUUCGACCCCCAAUCAAUACCAUUUGUUUGGGGCAAGCUGCAUCUAUGGGUUCGCUCCUUUUGGCUGCUGGUGCAAAGGGUGAGCGCCGUGCCCUACCAAAUGCGACAAUAAUGAUUCAUCAGCCUUCAGGUGGGUAUAGUGGGCAGGCAAAGGAUAUAACAAUUCACACAAAGGAAAUAGUUCGAGUUUGGGAUUCACUAAAUGCAUUGUAUUCAAAGCACACAGGGCAGGCAAUUGAGAUUAUACAGAAGAACAUGGAUAGAGAUUAUUUUAUGACCCCUGAGGAAGCAAAGAAAUUUGGGAUAAUUGAUGAGGUGAUUGAUCAAAGACCCACAGCGUUGGUUACUGAUGCUGUCAGCAAUGAAGGCAAAGAGAAAGGCUCGAAUUAGUGUUAGGGGGAUGUUAGUUGAAAAAGCAUUUUUAAUUUGAAAUUUCAACCUGUUCUUGAUUUAGAUUU